AUGCGCUCCCGGCCACCGCUUGAGCUUGCCGAGGUCGGAAGAGCGCGGAUCUAUCUCCUCUGCCGCCCUGGACAAACCAGCCGAGGGGCGUCGCAUGUCGCCUGGCGGAUCGUCAAGCCACAUCGCCAAGCACUUGCUAGUGUCGAUCUUGAAACGACACGGCUAUCGCGGUACUUCAACCAACCGCGGCUGGGCUGCGAACCCCCUGUCUCAUCCGGUGGGCGGAUGAUACAAACGGAGUGCAACCCUAGAAGCCGGAAACGGGUGGAAAUAUGGAUGGGAAUGCAAUGGCAGGGCAAGGACGCCGAGGGGGAGGACAGAGAGCAGCUUACUUAG